AUAUUUAAUUAGCACUACCAUUUUCAAUUUCUGAUGAAAACAUUCUAUUUUUUUUACAUUCAUACUUUAGCAACCAAAAUGCAGCACUGGUAAUUAAGGAAAUGAGAGAGAAACUCCCACAUCUCUAAAAUUCCAGGCACCUGAUUUCUGAAAUGGAUUACCGGCACCAAUAUUCACACUGCCGGAAUCCAUAUUUUCAUUCCCUUGACGGUAGAUUUGAUCGAUUUGAUCAAUAUCAUAAGCCACUCUCCACCGAGCUAUGCGAGAAGUUACACCAAAAAGGGAACGUCCGCUGUCCGCAACGUUAUCCGUCCAACACUCAUCUCAGUUACGAUCAAAGGCCUGCUAAUCAUCCCUCCUAUCAAAAAGCACAAUGCUGCUGUCAACUAUGGUACCCAUAUAUGGAUAGACCGGAUCAACCCUCCCACCCGAUUCCAAAUCAAAAGGCGGAACUCACCCGUCCAUUCCAAUCGGAAAUCCACGCCCCUGCUGAACCUUGGAGCUUCGUCCAUCACAAACGUCGACGUUGAAGGCCCCCUCACCAUCUCAAUCAACGAACUACGAAGAGCAACCGAUGCUCAACAAGUAAGUCCAAUCGUUUUUCCUUAUUAGCUCAGGAAGACGAUUUCACGACCCACCCCCUCCAUUCACAAGGCCUUACCUACGCCCACGGUUGUUUGAUAAUGACACACGUGGAAUCCUUAAAUGUGCUACAGUAUCGUCCAGACAUUUUCGCCGGUCAGGGAGCCACGCUCGACCCCGAAUCAGAACUCCAAUCGAUCUGGAAGCUGGAGGAUCCCAGAGGCAAAGCCCGAGAUCUCCAUCGCAGGCCGAAUUGGCUGAUAGGGAUAAAGCCGUUACUCAGUAUUUAGCGUCGGGGCAGAGUGAACAGGGGACCGGCGAAAAGGAUAAAUCUGACUCACACGUUAUUCCAGUUUUGACGAUGGUUUUUUGUGCGCAGCGUAAUGGUCGAACAGAGAUCACUAGCUCUGAUAAACGACCAUCCCCAACACCUCACGGCGGACCAGACAGUUGGCCGGAGGUUUUCGGAGCAGAGAUUCCCUUGGACGGCCAGUUUGGCGUGGAGACUCACACGCCAGGCAUUGUACGCAGCCUCACAUGGGCUGAAAUUGUUAGGUUGGAAUCGGACAGAAGAGACGGUGGAAGAGGUGAGGUCAGCACCUCUGUUGGACGCAUCGUACACUCUCAAGAUAAAGAGAAUCAUUUAAUGACCAAGGUCAAUGAGACCAGCCGUAAUACUCCUCCUAUUCAAGCCACGUCAGAUGAUUCUUGGGAGCUUUCGGAAAGAUUCAACUUUUUUGGAGAAGAGGGUUUUGACUCCAUCAAAAUUGAAUCCAAACUCUUUAGACUGGCUGCCAGAAAUAAUGAAAUAGACUUUUUUGAAAUUCAAAAUUCCUCUCUAAAGAGGAUUAAUUUCAAAACAGAGAUUGCUCCACAGAUCUAUCAUUAUAUUCACAAUCUUACACGCUCAGAAAAAUUGGCUAAAGG